AUGUCGACGCCCUCCACCGCCACGGCCACGCUCCCUCCCCAUCAUCAGUUCUAUUCUCACCACCAAGCAUACCAGCCCAGCAUCUCCAAUGCUCAGCUCGCCAACGGCACUGCUCGGAUAGGCAAUUCGCUCUACAACGGCUACGCCAGCGGCACGUCAAAUUCAGACCUGCGUCGGACCGCGACCGCCCACAGACAGACGCAACAGCUGCCCCCGCUCGCGGCGGGCCCCGCGUCCGACAUGAAUUCGAGCACUGCACGUCCUCCCAAGAGGCGAAAUCCCGACUGGGCUGACUUCUACAAGAACGGUCUGCCCAAAGAAGUCAUUGUAAUCGACGAUGACGACGACGAGCCGGCCCGCCCACCGCCCCGCCAGGCGCACCCGGCAAGAACUGCGACAAACGGGCCCAUGAGACAUGCAGACAAGAAGCGGAAAACGACUGCUUCCACUGCGUAUGAUCCCGUAUACAACCAGCACACCUCGUAUUCCACCACCCAGACGCCCUACGACUACUCGCCCAACAACUCCCUCUCGACCGACAGGACCACCUCUGCGCUCAACACCACAGCCGCCACUUCCUUAACCUCCCAAGCAAGCAAUGGCCAACACGUCUCCCCACUCGAGAACGGCGUAGUCGGCCAGAAGCGGAAACGCACCCGCGCCGCUGCGCAGGACGAGGCCAAAGAGGCGAAGAGGAGGGAGCUCGAUGACCAAGACCCCUUUGCCCUCUAUCAACCCCCGCCCAAUCCUAUCAUCAAAGCGAAGGACGUAUACGUGCAAGUCAUCACCGAUAAAUCAUACACCAAGGAUCACAAGGUCGACGACGAAGACGGGCACUACGUUGUCAACCCGGACGCCGACCUAACAGAUCGAUACCAAAUCCUCAAGCUGCUGGGCCAAGGGACAUUCGGCAAGGUCGUUGAGGCCUGGGACCGGAGAAAACAAACCAAGUGCGCCAUCAAAGUCAUUCGAUCGGUGCCCAAAUACCGCGAAGCGUCGCGUAUCGAGCUAAGAGUCCUGUCAACGCUCGCGUCAAACGACAAGUACAACCAGAACCGGUGUAUCCACCUACGGGAUUGCUUCGACUUCCGGAACCACAUCUGCAUAGUGACGGAUCUCUAUGGCCAAAGCGUAUUCGACUUCCUCAAGUCCAACUCGUUCGUACCAUUCCCGAGCUCGCACAUCCAGAAGUUCGCCAAGCAACUGUUUACUAGCGUUGCCUUCCUCCAUGACCUCAGCCUGAUCCACACCGACUUGAAGCCAGAAAACAUUCUCCUGGUCAACAACAACUACCAGACCUUCACAUACAACCGGACGGUGCCCUCGUCAUCGACAUUAACCAGCCGCCAGGCGAGGCAUCGCAAAGUCUUGCUCGACCCUGAGAUCCGGUUAAUAGACUUCGGAUCGGCCACCUUCAACGACGAAUACCACUCAUCCGUCGUAUCAACCCGCCACUACCGUGCACCUGAGAUUAUCCUCAAUCUUGGGUGGAGUUACCCAUGCGAUAUCUGGAGUAUCGGAUGCAUACUGGUCGAGUUCUUCACCGGCGAUGCCUUGUUCCAGACUCACGACAACCUGGAGCACCUCGCUAUGAUGGAGGCGGUCUGUGGCGGAAAGAUUGAUCGCGACAUAAUUAAGCAGGUCUAUAAGCAGGAUCGCAAUGCUCGCAACUCGUCCUCUUCUGCGGCUCGAUAUUUCAAGAACUACAAGUUGGACUAUCCAAACACAGAUACCCAGAAGAGCUCGAAGAAGUUUGUCAAAGCCAUGAAGAAGCUUCACGAAACCAUCCCUCCUCACACCGAGUUCAAUCGCAAAUUCCUUGAUCUGCUGAAACGGAUAUUCGUCUACGAUCCCAAGAAGCGCAUCACUGCCAAAGAAGCUCUCCAGCAUCCCUGGUUCCAAGAGAGCCUCAUGGACGACGGCACCGAAGCGCACAAGAUCCGACUAGAAAGGGAAAAGAAGUUUCGUCAGCGGCAAGAAGAGGAACGUCGCUAUCGGCCAGAACGAGCCUACUGA